AUACACGUAUGGCAACAAAAUCUCAAUGCCUCACUUACGGCACAGCACUCCCUCCUUAAUAGCCCGAUAGCCUGUGACUGGGACAUAGUAGCUUUACAAGAGCCCCAUAUUAACUCACUGAAGAACACUGUCUCAUCCCCAUACUUCCAUGCCAUAUACCCC